AUGAAACAACCGUCCAGCAAUGAAAUUCUUUCCUUGCCCCAGAGGGGGAGACGACCAGUUGGUAGGGACAGCGAUAGUAGUGACGAAGUGGAAUUAGGGAAUAACGGCGAGCAGAGUGAGCAGGACAGCGCAGAAGAGACUGGUGGCAGCGGCAAAAGCGAGAUCAGCGUGCAUAUGGACGACAGGGAUGAAGCGAGCGAACGGAGCGUGGCUCUGCCCUAUGUGAACAAGAAAAUAAAGGAUGGCCAACUGGAGAAGAUGUACCAGUACGAAUACGUGGACCACCCAGCUGAUGUCAUCUUACAUAGUUACGGGAAGACCCUAAAGGAGUGCUUCGAGUCUAUAUGCGUAUCAAUGUUUAAUUAUAUGUGUAACUUGAAUGAAGUGGAACCAAAAUUAUCAAGGCGCAUAGCAGUUGGAGGUGAAACUUUAGAAGACUUACUGUACAACUUUUUAACCGAAUGCCAUUUCCUGUAUGGCAGUGAAUACAUCAUUUGUAGUUCUGUGGACAUUUUAGUUUUCGAUCGAGAAUCCUUUUUCAUCGAGGCCUAUGCAUAUGGUGAUGUUUUUUCACCUGAUUUGCACGAAUGUGGCACGGAGAUAAAGGCUAUCACAAAACAUGAACUGAAAAUUUGCUUGAAGGAGGACAUUUGGGAGGCAUUUGUCCUGGUCGACAUAUAA